AUGGAAGUCCAUGCUGCUGGUAAUACAGCACAGUCGCAUCUUCAUCGACUGCCCUCAAUUAACCCGAAGUACACCUUAGUAUCCGCAGCAACCCACACUGACACUGACUGCCCUCGAGUAUAUCCCGGGAAGGUGAAUCCCAUGGAAGUCCAUGCUGCUGGUAAUACAGCACAGUCGCAUCUUCAUCGACUGCCCUCAAUUAACCCGGAGUACACCUUAGUAUCCGCAGCAACCCACACUGACACUGACUGCCCUCGAGUAUAUCCCGGGAAGGUGAAUCCCAUGGAAGUCCAUGCUGCUGGUAAUGCCGCACCGUCGCAUCUACAUCGACUUCUCUCAAGUAUACCCAGGAGAACACUUUAG